AGAUUAUUCGUAAUGAGUUUCGCAAAAAUGCAAAAUUGCCUCGAACAGACACAUUGAGGAUAGAGUAUCAAUAUAGGUUGGGAAGAAAGCAACUUGAUCAUCUGAAGAAUUCAGAAGUGGAUGCUGUUGGUGUGUUUGAGCGAGAGAAAUGAUGUGGCCUGUUUUAUCUCGACUCUCGGUUUGCCGUUCAGUAUUUUGUUUAAAACGCUAUGCAACAUACAGUAAUCCCUCAAAGCAUUUGGAUCACUAUGAGGCUAUUUUGGAGCAGUUUCCUGGAGGAAUACAAAUGGCAUUUGCUUAUGGAUCUGGAGUAUUUAAACAGGAGGGUCAAAGUGAUGCUCAGGUUCAAGGAAAUAUGAUUGAUUUGAUAUUUGUUGUGGACGAUUCAUACAGCUGGCAUUAUAAAAAUAUGAAACAAAAUGGGAAACACUAUUCAUUCCUGAAAUUUUUGGGAGCAAAGCAAGUUUCAAAUAUUCAAGAGAAAUAUGGUGCUGCUGUUUAUUUCAAUACCAAAGUGCAGUGUGCUGGGAGAGAAAUUAAAUAUGGAGUUAUAAGCACAAAGCAGCUUAUAACUGACCUGUUGGAUUGGAACACUUUGUAUGUGAGUGGUAGAAUGCAUAAACCAAUCAAAAUUCUUAUUUCACCCAAAAAGGUGGAGCUGUGCUCAGCUAUGCAAAUAAAUUUGGAGAAUGCAAUACAUGCAGCAUUACUUUUGCUUCCAGAAACUUUCACAGAGGAAGAAUUGUAUCAACAGAUUGCUGCCCUCUCGUACGAUGGUGACUUUAGGAUGAAAUUUGGUGAAGACAAAAACAAAAUUUCUAAUAUUGUCAAACCAAAUAUGGCUUACUUUAGGAACCUUUAUGAACAAAUUUUAUUAAAAGAGGAACAUGUGAAAUGGAAUAUGAAGCAAGGUGUCUUAGAGCAGUACCCAAAUCAUGUGUCCCAAUUUCAUCACUUGAACCUUCUUCCAAAAACAGUUCAGUUAAAUCUUUUAGCUUGUAUGCACAGGAGGCCAGGGAAAUACCCUGAUCUAGAGGAAAUCAUCAGACAGCUAGCUUUUGACAGUAACUGUGCAGACUAUGUGAGACAAAGUAUUGCAGAGAUUGUAAAAAGUUCUAGUAGAAGCCAGAGCAUUAAAGGCAUAUUCACUGCAGGGAUAGUGAAAUCUGUACUUUAUGGUAGUAGGAAAGUUCAAAAGAUGCUUGGCAGUAGAACUUAACAAAAAGGUCUCGCAACCCUAAUGUCAAAUUAGGCCAGGUAAAAUUAAUCUUUAGAUUCUCAUCCCUGCCCGCCCCUCUCAAAGUGCCCCGCCCCGUCGUUUUUUAUUUUGCUUUUUGGAUGUGGAAAGUAUUAUUUUCAUGUAUUUAUUCAACAAGAAUCUGAGUCAAAAUUUAAGAGUUAUCUCCCGUCUGUAUUAAAAGUCGCAUGGCGCUAUUUAUAGCAAAAAAAAAACUAUGUGAAGAAUGGAGAAAAAUCAGCAAUAAAAGCAGUUUAAAUAUGUCAGGAAAAGAUAAUUUGUUGUAUAGAGAAGGCAGAAAAGCAAAAAUAACAUAAACACAUCUAGAUACCAUCACUGGCAUGGGCAAGUUUUUAAAGAGAUUUUAACCAAGUAAAAACAGACGAAGAAAAUGAUACAUGGUCAAGUUUUAAAUAACGAUCUCCAGUUGUAUGUGAUUUUGCAUUAAAAAAAUAUAAAACAUUGUCAAAAGACUUUAGAGAAUAAUAGUGCUAAGGAAAUGUUAAAUCUUAAAACUGUUCAGGCCUAGGCUUUUCAGUAGAAUAUUUUACAGAUUUACACAAUCCUGUUUUGCAAAUAUGAUAUAUUUUAAUGUCGAACAUGUCAAGUCUCAAGAAUGAUUGAAUGUAUGAGGACAGUGGAAAUCUGUGAUAUAUCACACAGAAAAGAAGGAGUUGUUGGUAAAACUAUAAGGUAUUUGGGCAAGGCCAAUGAGAAAACAUGCAUAUGCAAUUUUUUAGGAUCAGCACCUCAUUUUGUUUGGCGUGUGUCGUAUCUGUGUACUUGAUAAUUCGUUAAUAAAACUAUAAAUAUUUUAAUUUUCUAUAACAAGAAUCUUCUGUAGAUAUUUAAAAGAAUAUGAAAACAAUGAAAUCUAUUCAUAUUGGCAUUAACAUAAUAUAAAAAUUACGUGUACGAAUGUUUUGUUGAUACUUUCAAUUAUAAAAAAUAAAAUCCGCCCACCCGCCCCAAUUUUUUAGCAAAUUAGGAUGAGAAUCUAAAUUUUAAUUUUAUGUGGCCUUAUAUAUACUCUAAUGAAUUUUUUGAAAUAAAUUUGAUACUUUUUACAUGAUUAUUUUAAUGUUUUCCUUUUAUUUUCUUUGUGUAUUUGUAGAAUUUUGAAUCCAUUUGCUAGUAUUAAAUAAAAAAAAUAUAUUUAAUCUGAA